AUGGCUCGAACUGGAUUCUGCGAUUCCAGGCCGCUGCUGGACCCCUGCAAGACUGAAGAAAAUAGAGUACCUUUGCGGACGUGGGCCAAUGCGUGCGCUGUGAAGGCACGGCGCGCGUGUAACGAGGUAGCGGGAUUGAGAUCCUGGCAACAGUACAAGGCAGAAAAUAAGGAUGAACGGCAAUGGAUCGAGAGGCUGCCAUUAUCUGCAGAAGAUGGGAUCAUCAUGGAUUAUGCUGAGAAGAAUAAAUCAGCUUCAGUUGAUGGCUACGAGGAGGAGGCUCUGCUAAAUCAUCUGCACAGAGUGCAGGCAUUACCCACAUUGAGGCAGCUUGUACCUGGUCUCUUGCAAAGAGAGAUUGAAGUGGCAAUGGACAAGCUUGGACUUCUGUAUGACCGAACUUAUGCUUGGGAUGUCUUUUCCGACAUGAUGAGAAGUCAAUUAAACAGUACUCUUCCGAAUGCUGAACUACCCAGGCCUUUCACAGACACCACACGUGCCAUCUUGGUGGACUGGCUGAUUCAGGUUCAUGAAGUGUUCAGCUUCUCAGAGGAAACUUUGUAUUUGGCGGUACAUCUGUUGAACCGCGCACUACAGCAGAUUAAGGUCUCCAUUUCAAGCUUGCAGUUGCUGGGUGUAGUCUGCCUUUUCCUGGCUGCCAAAAAAGAGGAGUGCCUGCUUCCAGAGGUGUCAGAACUCUGUUACCUGAUGGCCAAUACCUACACAAAAAAACAGCUGUUGCGGAUGGAGCGGAGAGUUUUGAGUGGGUUGCAGUUUGAACUCUCCCACUGUCCUCCAAUUCACUUCCUGCUCCUCUCAGCCUACAUUGCACGCUGCAGUGAUAAGGUGAUCUGCAUGGCUCGGUACCUGCUGGAGUUGUCUCUUCUGGAGGGUCAGUGUAUACAAUACCUCCCCACACAUUUGGCUGGGGCUGCGCUCCAUCUAGCUCGCCAACUCCUUCAGGAAGCACCCACACCUGAGGGUGAAACUGCCUGGUGUAUUGCAUCCAACAUCCAUUUGGGCAGUGAGGCUACUCUUUUCAACAUAAUGCAGAUCAUGGCAAUUGCUGCAGCGAAGGCACACACUCGAGAGACCCGGGCCACCUACAUCAAAUUCUCCAGUGUGGAAACCCUUCAUGUCAGCAUGCACCCUGCACUGACGAAUGCCCCGUGUCUUCUGGGUCUGCCCUGCCUUCAAAGCUGAGAAACCUAGAACAGUGCUUCUGCUACUAACCUGGAAACACAAAUGGCUGGGUGGGAGUUAAACAGAUUGGUGUAGCUGGAAUAGAUUUUGCCACCAACCACCUGUGGAGUAGAUGUUAACCUGUAAAUUAUCCUGCUCCUAUGAAAAUGAGCACUUGGCCCGCUAGGACGUUUUGUACUGAAUUUCAUUGCUCUUUUAGAUCACCCAGUCAAAACUGAG